CUCUUGCAAAUCCCAUGAAUUUAGCCAAUCAGUAAUAUUAAAAAUUACACCAAGCUCUCUUUGUACUCUGGCACGUAGCGCACCGCAGUCAAUUUGCCUAAUCUGGCAAAAAUAUAAAUACGCACGUGAGACACGCACAGUGCCGCCUUUUUCUCUACUGAUGACCCUGCUAAAUUAACUUUUGCGCUUUAACCAUUCUUCUUUUCCAACGGUCCACUGCUACACCCUCCAAACCCAUAUUUGCUAUAUUCAACUGACCAUCAAAUAUGGAAUCCCCAAGUGCCAAGAGACAGCUCCAGACCCAGUACCAGGGCACUACGUACAGCGAUCCUGAAACGGCAUCGCUCGCCACCCUCUCAAUGAGAAUCCGCAAGGCAGUGUCGGACGGCUACUCCACCAACAACAACUACUCCUACCAGUCUGACUUUCAGCAGCAGCACCAGGCGGCCACCCAGUCACACCCGCAGCUGUCAUAUUACAAUGACUCGACGCCUAGACCGAUCGGCUUGUUUGACAGAUUCGGUGGCUUGCAGAUGCUUCAGGAGGCCCCCCAGUUGUCAUCGUCUCCAAACAGCAGCUUAGGAAGCAUCAAGUUCGAGAGACCGCAGUUGCCCCAGCACUUGAGCCAGCCUCCUUUGUUAUCCUUUGGCGACUCUACCCAGGGCAGCAGCUUGGCCGAAUGGGAAAUGAGGGGUGGGCAGUGUGGCACUGCCACCGUCGACAGUUUUUGGAGCACAGAAAAGAACAAACGCUCCCGUAGCGAGUUUGAAGGCCAGCCUACCGCAAAGCAGGUAGCCGAUGCUGCUGCGUAUGAGAAAAAGUAUGGCUCUUUAAGCUUCAACGAGGAGUUCUAGGGCCGGUAUCUGCUCUCCUAUUUGUUUCCCUUUUUCUUCUUUCGGUUCGGUUUCUUGUAUUUUAAUAAAAUGGUUGAAUAAGAUAAAGUAGCAGGCAGACACUGCAAGUGCGAUGACUUGGUGAGGUUUAUAAAUGGGGUUCCUCCUCGGUGAACUCUAUUAGAUUGUCGGAACGAAGGGGCUUGUGAUGCAACGAAUGUUCUUAAGCUCCUGAAUUCCAUCCCCCGUGUAAAUGUUUCCGGAUUAACCUUUACUUACUACCGGCAGAAUAGUCAAUAUAAAUGACCUCUUAUAUGCCCUCUAAUG